GAACACUUCACACGGUCUCUUUUGACCUUUGUGUUCAGAGGAAGAAGCCACGACAACUAAGCUCCCAGAUCUUCACAGUAACUUAGAGCUGAGUCAGCCGGAAAGAUGGGACUCUCAUCGGGUCUCCUGGCCUCCCUGUUAUGCCUGGGGUUCAUGACCCAGGGCUUGGCCGACGAUGGGAUAGAGCAAUGUAGCUGCGCGGCCGAGCACGGAUCCUUCCACGACCAUCACGCCAUGCUCCUGGACGGGUCCCGCAACGUCAGCCUGGCCGAGUACCGGGGCACGACUCUCCUGGUGGUGACCGUCUCCACCUACAGCAGGUGGGCCGAGCAAUACGUCGGUCUGAAUGCACUCAAGAACAAAAUGGUCAACGAGAACGGACACCGGUUCGAGAUCCUGGGGUUCCCCACCAACAACUUUGGGUUAAUGGAGCCUGCUAAAAAUGAGGAGAUACUGAACGGGAUCAGGUACGUCCGCCCGGGGAACAACUACGUCCCGAAUUUCACCAUGUUCCAGAAGGGAGACUGUAACGGGGAGAACGAACAGUCACUCUUCACGUAUCUAAAGAGCUGCUGCCCCCACACCUAUUGGCUCUUGGGCGACCCAGAACGACUCUACUGGACUCCGAUCAAGGUCAGCGACGUCCGCUGGAGCUUCGAAAAGUUUCUGGUGGAUCCGGAAGGGAGAGGAGUGAAGAGGGUGAGACCAGACGUGACGCCGGAGGAUCUGGAGCCUGUCAUCGACGAGUUCAUCCGGAGCUGGGACGCGGCGCACGGGGGUGCCACGUCGGGCGCCAGGAGCGUGCGGGACUCGGGGCUCAUGUCCUGGCUAGACGACAUCUGUAACUAACACAUUCCUGUAGGGCACAGCCUAAUAUUAGAGUCUCCUAUAUUCUAAUACAUAGAAAAUAUGUAAGAAAAAGGCUGUCUAAAGUCACCAAAAUCAAAUAGCCAGAACCAUUGCCUAUAAUUUUCAGCUCCAAAAUGCCAACAAAGAUACAGCUUCUUACAUUUACUUUUGCAAGCCAUCUAGAAAUCCUCAUUAUUCGCAGGUGUUAAAUGUACCCACAGGGCCAGAUAUAAUUUUUUUUCUCCGUUUCCUUCAACAUUACUAUUAUCUAAAGCUAUUAUAGCGGUCUAAGGAACAGUUUAAUAGAAGUAGAAGUAAUCACAUUGACAUUUCCUAGAGCCAUUCAGUUCUUCGAUAUUUGACUGUUAUAUGAAGAGAAAGUGCGUACUUUGGUAAACUGUUAUUCCUUGAGCCCGACAACUCUAUGACGAGGAGAACCAUAA